CAGGGUUAGGUUGCACGCUAGGUAUAUUUAGCCGGCGGUAGAGCACGCUGUUGCGUGAGGUGCUUCCCGUCUCCUUCGGCUCGCCCGCUUGUCUGCCUCGCACGGAGUGAAUCUACCGCCACCUCCUUCUCGCCGCCCAUCUCCGCCUCGCCCGCAGUUUUCAGUUGACCAAAGAAAUGGUGAUGGAGAAGCCAAGUCCCCUGCUGGUUGGGCGGGAGUUUGUGAGGCAGUAUUAUACUCUGCUGAAUCAGGCACCAGACUACCUGCACAGGUUUUAUGGAAAGAAUUCUUCCUAUGUCCAUGGUGGCCUGGAUUCAAAUGGAAAACCAGCAGAUGCAGUCCAUGGACAAGCGGAUAUCCACAAGAAGGUGUUGUCACUGAACUUUAAGGAUUGUCGCACAAAAAUCCGGCAUGUGGAUGCUCAUGCCACGCUUAAUGAUGGUGUUGUUGUGCAGGUCAUGGGUGAGCUGUCUAAUAAUACACAGCCCAUGCGGAGGUUCAUGCAGACUUUUGUCCUUGCUCCCGAGGGGUCUGUUGCAAACAAGUUUUAUGUCCACAAUGACAUAUUCCGCUACCAGGAUGAGGUUUUUGGUGACUUAGAUGCUGAACCUCCAGAGGAAUCUGAGGAAGAAGCAGAGGAACCUGAAGAAAGGCAACAGACCCCUGAGGCAGUUGCUGAUGAUUCGUCAGCCUACUAUGACCAGUCUGUCAGCAAUGACUUGGAUGAACAGUUGGAAGAGCCUGCUGUGGAGCCAGAGGCAGAAGCUGAGCCGGAGCCUGAGCAGGAGCCAGAACCAGAGACCCAGGAAGAAAAAACGGAGCUUGUGCUAGAAGAAACAGCUCCUGAGGAGGUUGCAGAGAAGAGUCCUUCUCCAGUUCCUGCAGAUCCAGCUCCUGCGGUACAAGAGGACUCUAGGACAUCAUCAUGGGCUUCUGUAACUAGUAAGAACCUGCCACCCAGUGGAGCUGUUCCAGUAUCAGGCAUACCACCACAUGUUGUCAAAUUACCAGCAUCACAGCCCCGUCCUGAAUCUAAACCAGAAUCCCAGACUCCGCCGCAGAGGCCUCAGAGGGACCAGAGGGUGAGAGAGCAGCGGACAAACAUCCCCCCACAAAGAGGUCCAAGGCCAAUGCGGGAAGGAGAACAGGGUGACAUGGAAACUAGACGAAUUGUUAGGUAUCCAGACAGCCAUCAACUCUUUGUUGGGAACCUCCCUCAUGAUGUGGAUAAGUCAGAACUAAAGGAAUUCUUCCAAAAACUUGGAAACUCUCUUGCAGGUUAUGGGAAUGUGGUGGAACUACGUAUCAACAGUGGAGGAAAGCUCCCUAACUUUGGAUUUGUGGUGUUUGACGAUCCAGAACCAGUUCAGAAGAUCCUUGGGAAUAGGCCAGUCAUGUUCAGAGGAGAAGUGCGUUUGAAUGUGGAGGAGAAAAAAACACGCGCAGCCAGGGAGGGUGACCGCAGAGACAACCGACCCCGUGGGCCUGGUGGCCCCCGUGGGGGGCUGGGAGGUGGGAUUCGAGGUGGUCCUCGUGGAGGGAUGUCUCAGAAACCAGGAUUUGGCACUGGAAGGGGCAUCGGGCAGCGCCAGUGAUCCAUGGAUGAUGUGAUGCGACAAACCCUUCUUCCUGCAGAUUUGUGAAUUUCAGCCUUGGGUAUCUUGGAAUGUGGCCCUGCCCUGUUCUAGACUGCUACGUUUGAUACUAUUUUGGCCCAUUUUGUUUGUGUUUGGUUUUGUGAUUUUUUUUUUAGUCCUUGUCCCAGAUUCCAGCUUUGUGGAACAAUGUUUCAGGAAAAUGUGGAUAUUAAAAAGAAAUAACAGAAUCCUUGCUUGCUGCAGAAAUACGGACUGGAUUUUUUUUGGUACCAGUGGUUUUUCUUAACGGAAUGUGUGGCGCUGUUUUUUUUUUUUGUUUUUUUUUUCCUUCUUUAUCUUACUGAAAUGGGUGCGCUUCAGUCAGUGGAACUAUCCUUCUCAGCUGCAUGUGUUCAGCAACCUGUAGGAAAACCUAGCACGUGACAAACAUUUCAAGGACAGGGAAAUCUGUUCAUCCCUUAGGAAGUGGAGUCCGAUGACCUAUCCAGCCCAGGUCUGGAGAUGUUGCGGCUUGAAAAUCGACAUGACCCUUUUUUCUGUGGCGCUGUAGAAGUGGAAUAAAGGGUGUCUGUAGAAUGUUUUCUUUUGGUACAUGAUCACGAAAAGGAAUCUUCACUACUGUUUUACCACUUACAAGGAUUGUGGGAUAGGUUUUAAAUGUCUAGAACUUGACUCUUUAAAACACUUUUCCUGAACUUGUGGAAAUUUUUUUUAUUGAAAUAGGGAAGUUUUUUCAUGUUUAGUUUGUAUUUGUAUUAAAACAAAAAAAACAAAAUUGUUGUGCCUUCUAUUUAUCUCUCAUUCCAGUCUUGGCAAAUUGUUUAAAAAAUAAAAAAGUCUAGAUUUGCUUUA